CAAGUACACGCGUACACUACUUGGCACGAACUGUCUAGUAGCUAGCCCUGCGUACGUAAGUACGUAGCCGUGCGCGUCUUCAAGCUCCUCACGGCGUCCGCUCCACGGCGGAGAUGUCGCCGAGAAAGAUGAUCAUCGUCGUAUUCCUGCUCCUGGUGGCUAUGUCGUCAACCGUCCUGACCUCCGUCGACGCCGCGAGGCGGCUGGGGCUGACGCCGGAGGAGCAGUACAGCGCAACUGUCCAUGCGACGUCGACGACGCUUCACGAGAGGGCGAGGUCGCUGAUCACGACAUGGAUGGCGCAGCUCACGGCGGGGCCGAGCCCUAGAGGCCCCGGGCACUAGAGAGAGCGAGGUGCAAGAAAAAACGUAUUCCCUACACUUCAGUUUGUACUUUUCCCUUGCAUCACCAUGUGUACGUAGUGUUACGUACGUACCGUACAUGUUACUCUUUUGAUCGGUAUACAUGUGUACGAGCAAUAAUACGGAGGCUUCCACGCCUCCACCCGGCGGUCAUGUGAGGAUCUUUUUCGCAACGUCGCCCGGCGUAUUUGCACGACCAAUAUAAGCUAGAUUGCUUGUCAGUCUAACCUUGGUAGAUGUAAUGAAGUUGAGUGUAUACCCUGGCGAUUUUAUGACGGCUUUCACCCUAUUUAAAUUUGUUUGCCACA